AUAUAAACAAAUGGUUUACGUGAAAGUCUUAAGUUUUAUUUAUUUGUUUAUUUAUUUUAUUUUGGAACAAGGUAGUGUCGUAAUUUAUAUAUGUCUCUGCAUAUAUCUUUUUAUUCUUUGCUGCACAUUUGUGAUAUAUAUACUACUCUGUUCACUUCCCUGCAACUACAGUGCACGUAUGUGCGCUGUCCUUUGCUUACAUUUAACUUGCGAAUUCCUUCUCGCAUUAAGGAUACCUUAAUAAUCAUGUUAUUAUUAAAAGAUAAAUAUAAACAUACAAUCUGCAUUACAUUUGUGAGUAAUGUUCCUUUUGUGAAUUUUAAGACUUUCCCAUUUAAUUCUAUUCAAUUGUCUAGUAAAAUUAAUUGAGUCGGUUGAAACAAUAAUGUUGCCCAAGUAACCUCUGUUGUGUAAAUUGAUUUCAAUUGAGUUUGCAAAAAGAUGUAGUGUAAAAUUAUUCAUGCGAGUUGUUGUCGGCCCCAAGGAAGGCGCAACUUGGCCGAAUAAUUGUACACCUGCGAUGGUAAAUAUGUGUUGAUUAUAAAGCCUUAUCCAUGUGGAUAAUGGAACGCCCCAAGGUGACCAUUAUUUGACCGGACUUAUCGUCAAUAUUUGAUCAUUGCAUUGAGAGUACCGCUUGCAAUUAAAUCUUAGCAGUCCAAAGAUUGUGUUUUAAUGAUGCGCUUGGUAUCUUGUUUAAGUCUUAUUUAAUUUGCAUAUAAAGAAAUUGUACAUGUCUCUUGGUUAAUUUAUGACAUGUCUACUAAAGUUGUUGUAUGUUUGUUGUUCUCUUCUUUUAGUUGCUGCUGCCACCGCUCCCAAUUUUGCUGCUCAAAUUAACACUAUCCCUAUGCUGAGUGGGAUGAACUUCAAGUCUUGGAAGGAAUCUGCUGAGAUUGUUCUUGGAUGCAUGGACUUGGACUUAUCCUUGAGGGAGGAUCGCCCCGUCGCUACUCCUGAUAAUCCGAAUGAAGCUAAGAUAGAAAAAUGGGACCGUUCAAACCGUAUGUGCCUUAUGAUCAUUAAAAGAUCCAUACCGGAGAUGAUUAGGGGCUCCAUUGCUGAGAGUGAGAGUGCAAAGGGUUUCCUUGAAACCGUUGAGAAGUUCUUUGCAAAGAAUGAUAAAGUUGAAACUAGUAGUGUCCUAUCCAAACUGGUUUCAAUGAACUACAAAGGUAAAGGGAACAUAAGGGAGUACAUAUUGGAAAUGUCUAAUCUCGCAUCAAAACUCAAGGCACUGAAGUUAGAACUUCCUGAAGAUUUAAUUGUGCAUUUGGUUUUAAUUUCUCUUCCAUCACACUUCAGUCAGUUCAAAGUGAGUUAUAACACUCAGAAAGAAAAAUGGACACUAAAUGAGCUGAUAUCUCACUGUGUGCAAGAAGAGGAGAGACUGAAAAGAGAGAAGACUGAAAGUGCUCACUUGGCCACCAACUCUCAGAAUAAAAGGAAGAGGACUGCUGGAAAUUCUUCACAGAAUAAGAAGGCAAAGGAACAACCAGCUGGGGUGAAAUGUUUCUUCUGCAAGAAAUAUGGUCACAUGAAGAAUGAUUGUUCCAAGUUUGCCGCAUGGAAAGUAAAGAAGGGGUUGCCUGUGGAGCCGUCCGCCAAAUGAUGCUGAAAGAUUCAUCUAUGUGGGCGAUGGUAACAAGGUUGCAGUUGAGGCUAUAGGAACUUUUAGAUUAUUAUUUAAGACUGGUUGUUAUUUGGAUUUGUUUGAGACUUUUGUUGCACCGUCUAUUAGACGGAAUUUAAUUUCUAUUUCUGUUUUGGACAAAUAUGGUUUUUCUUGUUCAUUUGGAAAUAAUAAAGUUAGCCUCUCAAAUAAUUCAAAUAUUGUUGGUUA